CCCCCAGGGCACGGCCAGCGCCUGGAGCGCCUGGCCAGGGAGCUUUUCCCGGGCAGCUCUCGGGGCUGCGAGGCCUUCCUGCGGCACAAGGUGGCCCUCAUCUCGCCCACUGUCCUCAAGGAGAACGGGGUCCCGUUCAGCCGCAUCACUCAGGAGGCUGGAGAGUUCAUGGUGACCUUUCCCUAUGGCUACCACGCUGGCUUCAACCAUGGCUUCAACUGUGCGGAGGCCAUCAACUUUGCCACCCCGCGAUGGGUCGACUAUGGCAAAGUGGCCUCUCAGUGCAGCUGCGGGGAGGCCCGGGUGAGCUUUUCCAUGGACGUGUUCGUGCGCCUCCUGCAGCCCGAGCGCUAUGAGCUGUGGAAACGCGGGCAGGACCAGGCUGUUGUGGACCACUUGGAGCCCACGGCGCCGGGCAGCCAGGAGCUGAAUAUCUGGAGGGAGGGCCGGGCGGCCUGGAAAUCUGCGCUGGGCCUGAGGCACCCGCAGCCCCGUUGGGCCACGCACACCCCUGGAUCAGUGGGCACGGGCUGUGGCUAUGGUCACCGCCACACCCUUGUGCGCCAGCCAUGCCUGUGCCCCUCGCUAGGCCAGGGUUCUGCCUCUGCUGCCCAGCCUGUGGCUGCCGCGGCCCUCUGCUCCUCAAAGCCCGACCCAUCCUCACAGCCAACCUCGGGCCCAUCUGCCCAGGAUCUCCAGCCAACUGGCACACGUGGUCGUGAGAGUGGUCGUCGUCCUCCGGAACAGGGGACUCAAGAGUGGAUGGUUCCAGCCCCGGCUAAGAGGCGCCGCCUAGUGGGCGCAGUGCGCACAGCUCCGGAUCCCAAAGCCCAGCCUGGGCCUGAGGACAAACCCUCCAUGGACAGCCCGGCCCCGCUGAGCCCUGGUGGCCAGCAUCCUGUGUGGGCUUCUGGGUGCUGUUGUGCCCCUGACCUUCAACCCUUGGGGCCCCCAUUGGAUCCUGAUGCACCGAUGCACCCUGGCCCGUGCCUGCUAUCUCUGGACAAUAUUCCAGUCAAUUUCCCUGACAAAGUCCCACUAACUCCUCGCUGUGUCACUGGGACUCUGAGGUCCUUCCCCACAGACCCUGCUGGAAACCACGGGGCCCCUGCGAGCCUCUCUGAGCUUGUAAGGAUGGACCACUCUUAUGCCUCCGUGGUCCAGGCCCCCGCCACAGUUGCCAAAAUUCCCUGGACCCCUGACUGUGAAUCCCUGGAGCUAAAGCUAGAGGCAGCUGCCUCUCUGGAGUCCUGGGACACAUUCCCUGCCAAUGGGCGGUCUUCCAUCUUUGAGCCUAUCACUGAUGAAGAUUUAGCCAAGUAUGGCUGUAUCUGA